CCGGCGGCGCCCCCCGGUCCCGCCCCGGCGGCGGCCGCGGCGCCCGCGUCCCCGGCGGCGGCGCCCACUGCGCGGCGGGACCCGCGCGUGCUGCUGACGCGCGACGUGUACGAGGCGGGCCACGAGCGGCCGCACCCCGAGCUGUGCCCGGCGCUGGGCGCGCGCCUGCGCCUGCUGGUGCUGGUGACGUCGGCGCCGGGCCACGCGGCCGCGCGCGACGCCGUGCGCCUCACGUGGGGACACUACGCGGCGCGCGCGGACGUGGCGCUCGCCUUCGUGCUGGGCGCGCCGCCCGCCGCGCUGCGCCCCGCCAUCGCCGCCGAGGACGCGCUCUACGGUGACGUCAUCGUCGGCCGCUCGCUCGACACCUACUCCAACCUGACGCUGAAGACGCUGUCCAUGCUGGAGUGGGCGGACACGUACUGCCCGCGCGCGCCGCGCCUGCUCAAGACGGAUGACGACAUGUUUAUCAACGUGCCGCGGCUGCUGGAGUUCGCGGCGGCACCGUCGCGCGUCAACGCCACGCGCACCAUCUGGGGCAAGGUGGUGAGGCGCUCGCUGCCCAAGCGCACCACCAAGUCCAAGUACUACGUGUCGCCGCUGCAGUUCCCAGGACGCGUGUUCCCGGACUUCGCGACGGGCCCCGCCUACCUGCUGACGGCGGACUGCGUGCGGCCGCUGCUGCAGGCGGCGCCGGGCGAGCCCUACGUGCGGCUGGAGGACGUGUUCGUGACGGGCGUGUUGGCGGCGCGCCUGGGCCUGCGGCGGCUGCACGCGCCCGAGUUCUACAACAAGAAGGUGGCCGCGCACCCUUGCGCCGUGCAGCGAGGCCUGGCCAUCCACAUGGUGCGCUACCACGAGCAGUUCGACCUCUGGCGCAAGCUGCUGGACGGCAAGACCAAGUGCGCCAGCUAGCCGCCCCGACUUACCAUACUGAUAUUAUUUUUCUAUUACGUUUUUUUUACGGAACUAUAUUUUUUAUAUUCGGUCCCCGGCGGGCCACGCUAUUGCGUGCGUGCUGCGAGCCGCGUGCCAUACUGAGAGACGUGAUCGCUCACGGCGGACUCCCGCUUCGGUAGGUGUACUUAUCGAUUUGUUUUGUAUAUAAAGUACAAAGGGGUAGCCUGAGCAGGAAGUCGCCGCCUCGCCCGGCGCGCGGCCUGCGGGCGACCCGGGCCCCGCGCCGCGACCCCAGGCCCGCGGCCCCGGGUCCCUCGGCCCCGCGGCCCCGCCUGAGCGUCCCGCUCCGCGCGCGGGGGCGACGCCAUUAUGAUCGAUAAACCUUGAACAAGUAUUUUAUUCGGAUUAACUGUGCGUGCAGGUUGUGCCAGAUGUAAAUAUACUGUAGUAUGUAUGUACGUUGUAA